AUGAAUGAUUGGGAAUCAUUGUUGUUAUUCGUGGCGAACAUUGCGCUUCGGAAUCAAAUGAAGGGGAGGAAGUCUGCAACUCGAAAAAAGAGUGGAACGGAUAUAAAAUCAAAUCCAAAACAACCCAAUGUUGCUAAAUGUCAAGCUAAUGCCCGUACAGAAGUGGAACGAUGGGUUCGACGAGCUCUGGAAAAAGGAGUUGGUGGAUUACGUGAGGAAUUUUUAAGUUUGAAGCGCUAUAUUCCAGAAGGUAUGACAACUAAUGCAUUCCAAGGCACUUUCGAAUCGGGGAAAUCUCGAUACAAGGAUGUCCCGUGUCAAGAUAAGUACCGUGUGGUUCUACGAUGGCCUGGUGUUACUGAGGAUUACAUUCAUGCAAAUUACAUUGCAACACCAAUUAAUGAGAAACGCUUCAUUUGCACCCAAGGUCCAAUGCCGAAUAGUGUGCUGGAUUUUUGGCAUAUGGUCGUGCAAGAGGAAAGUGACAGUAUUGUUAUGUUGACAAAUACAAUUGAGAAGGGCUUGAAUAAAUGUGAACAAUAUUGGCCUAAUGAUGCUGGACAGACGGUCUCAUUCGGCGAUAUUACCGUUUCAAACAUGGCGGUACCUUAUUACAAAUUAUUACAGUACGAUGGUGCCAUUAAAUUAGUUUAA